UCAUAUUCACUUUAUUUCUUGCUCAAGUGGAACGAUCAACAUAUGGCACGAUUUAUUUGCACAAAAUGACGACUACAGCGGGCAAAUCAAAAACUUACGGUGACUUUGAAGUCAUCCCACCAGCAAUUGGUAAAGGUUCUUUUGGGAAAGUCUGGAAAGUGAUGAACAAAACGGACAAAUGUCACUACGCUUUGAAACAAAUUUGUAUCGGGAAAGUCCUACCACAUUAUAAUCUUUCUUCGCUAUUUGAAGAAGUUCGAGUUCUCCAAGCAAUUAAUCAUCCAAACAUUGUGCGAUAUCAUACAAGUUGGUUGGAAGGCCCGAAUAAAACAGAAAUUAAGGACAGAACGCUAAAAUUGUCGAAAGAUAUGAGCUCCACAGGGCUGCAAAGCGAUUUUUUCUUUAUCCAAAUGGAACUUUGCGAAGCGACUUUGAAAAUGGUUGUCGACAAUGGCGCGGUUAAUUUAGGCAUUCCUGCCCUGUUGGUCCAGAUAUCUGAAGCACUCGAUGUAAUCCAUAAUAAAAAUAUUGUUCACCGUGACUUAAAACUGGACAACAUAUUUAUUUCCCAAAACUUGUGGAAAAUUGGGGAUUUUGGGUUGGCAAGAUUAUUGAACAAUGAAGUUGGAGGCCAAGAUGAAUCCGUGAUAUCGAAGAAAGGGUGUCUAAAGUAUACUAGUCCAGAUGUCGGUUGUAGCAAAAAGUCGGAUGUUUACUCACUAGGCGUAGUAUUUCUGGAAGUGCUUUACACAGUUGUGUCAAAGCAAUAUGGUACAUUUGAUAUGGAACAUUAUGAGGAAAUCAUAGUCAAAGUGGAGGCAAAGUUUAGACCAGAAUGUGAAAUUAUUUCGGAGAUGCUUGUGGCUGAUAAAAAUACAAGGAUAUCUUCAGCGGUUUUGAAGACCAAGAUAAGUGAACUGUACGGCUUUCAAGAGGGUGGAAUUAUAAGUCAGAGUCCCGGCCCUUCCAAGUUGACAACUGAUCGGACACAGAGCAAGAUAGGGUCAACAACCGGACGAACUGUUUUUGUAGACAUUGAGAGCUUGGUCACAUUAUUUAUCCAAGAUAUGGAUAUUCUGAACCGAACGAAUUACACUGAACUUUGUGAAGCCCUUUGUCUUCAGUACAUUGACUAUGCCCAACACGUUAAAGCCUUGGUCAACGAAAAUAUUAAUAUUGCAAACUUUCUUGAGACGAUACUCAACCUCUGGGUGGGUCAAUCAGGAGAAGCAGCCACCAUUGGGACUUUGUGCGAGGUAUUAAAGACGCGUCAACUUCCGAAGUUGGCUGAAAACUUAUUACAAAAGUUUCAGCCGAGCUAUCUUAUUAAAGCACGAGUUACACCAUCCCGGUCUAUCUUUUCUCCAGUUCGUUUUGGGGAAUACAAACCAUCGGUGAACUUUGUCGGACGGAAGGCAGAACUUGCAGAACUCGCAAGGCUGAUGAAAUCUAAGAAAUUGGUCGUAGUCACUGGACUGCGUGGUGUUGGAAAAACCGAAUUUUGUCGAAAAUAGGUUGCCAAGUUUUGUAAACGAGAGAAGGGAAACUGCCUCUGGUUUCAUGGGCAAAAUGAUGCUACAAUACUAAACUCGCUGGCUCAAUUAGCUUCCCAGCUGGAUAUCGCAAUUACACAAAAAAAUGCAGGCUUAUUAACCUACGUUCGCCCGCUGUUUCGGAACUUGGCUAUAGUUUCCGAGAAGACGCUAAUUGUCAUCGACAAUGUGGACAAUUCCGCCCAAAGUCAACUGGUUUUCAAGUUUAUAAACGAUUUAAGAAAUUUGAAAAUCCCCUUUGUUUCCAUUAGCAUUCUUAUCACAUCGUUUGACGACAUUACGCCGCAAAAAUUAUCCGGAGAGCUUUUCAAGCUUAACUCAAUGAGCUUGGAAGACGCCACAAAACUAGUUAGACAAAAUUUGGGUGUAAAAACUAGCGAAAACGAUGACACCCAAUUGUUGUGCGAGUUUCAAAAUUUCCCGCUUCAUCUACAACAUGCCGUGCAUUACAUAAAGAGCAAGAGCUACGAGCUCUGUGGCGGCUUCAACGUUAGCGAUUACCUAUAACUAUAUCGCCGAAAUCCUGUUCCAAUGGACACCUGGGAUAUCAAUAUUGAAGAAAUUAGAAGUGAUCCAGAUAAUGGGGAGCUUGCCAUCAAACUACUUGUACUAAUUUCAUGCUUAGACCCAGUAGGUGUGAAGGACGAACUGCUAUUCAUCUUGCUGAAUGAGGCAGAAGCAGCUGGAGAUUCCUGUAAUUUUGAAGAGCUCGGAUAUCAAGUAAUUUACGAUGCCAUUACCGUAAUAGGGAAGGAAGUGACAUCAGUUGAAUAUUUCGAAUCUACCGCUAAGGCAAAGAGAGCACUGGACCUGCUGCACAGAUAUUCUCUGGUUACCUCCACAGAUUCUGUAAUAUCGAUGCACCGAUUGGUACAGGAGGAUGUACGCCGAAAAGUCAUGAACGAAGAAAUUUAUUAUGGAGUCCCUCCACAUCAAUCCGACCAAGACUAUAACGUAGACCACCUCAGCAGCCUACGAAAAAUGGGAGCCUAUCUCGCCAGAACGACACUAGUUCAAGGUUCCCUUAAAGUAACGCCAGAAUUGAUGCACUUUUACUACACGUAUGAAUAUGGAAAUGAGGAGAAAACAAUUGAAAAAGAGUUAAAACCAUUGCCACUUUACAUUUGCUGCACGGCGUUGGAUAUCUGCGCAAAAAUGCCGACCCUGAUAACCCAAUUAUCUUCCGCAAUUCAAUUAUUGGUACCAGUAGUGAGAAAACAUUGGAAAUUAAGUCAAAGAUUAUCACUGCUCUAAAAGACCCUACCUACUUUGCCGAAUUUGUUCGAGGACUGAAGCUAACCUAUGGGGCGUAUCAAAUAAUUGUGACGGAUAAAUAUCCAGAUGUCCUCAAUUUUGUGGUGAUAGGCUUCCUGUUAGCCAUCUGUCUGUUUCAUUCGGGAAACGUUAAGGAGGCUACAGAGCUAAGGGCGGAGGUCUUAAAGUGCAUUAAUUCCGUUUUCAGCAAACAUGAUGAAAACUUCCUUACGAACAAGAAGUGGAGCCUAUGGUCGUUCCAAGAUAUUUUGAACUGGCGCCGGAACCAGGCAGGUGCCCUUGCUAUUUUGCAACAACAAUAUCCGGAGACAGAGAGUCUAGAACACAAUUUGGGCUUGUGUCUCUUAGCGAUGGGUAGAUUUGCAGAGGCUAAGAUUAUGUUGAAAGCAAAGUGGAAAGCAAAGUGGAAAGGGGACAAUUUGGAGGGUGGUGACUUAAAUAUCUCCACUCUAAAUAGCAAGAGACUUUUGUUCUACUGCAUAACACAAAUUCCCCAGCAGCGAGAACUUGGGAUUAAGAAGUUGGAAGAAAUCACGUCACAGUACGAGUCGCUUGACGGGGAAAUGGAUAAUAAUUUUCUGCAGGGGACGAGAAAGGUGUUGGAAGUGGUGAAGAAAAACCAGUUUACCCCAAUUAGUCCGGGUAGUACAGAUGGAUUCGGGGGGAUGGGGUCGAUCAAAGAUAAAUUGUAUUGUCCGCAAUGCAACAUCCUUUGAAUCAAAUAACGGAAUGCGUUAAAUUUAGCCAGAUAUCAUUCUCCAGAUAUUGAAUUGGACUGUUCUUAGAUUGAAAGAAAAGUAUACUUUAUGUCGGAAUAUUUCGAUUGCUACCUGGCAUUUAUGUAUGAUCAAGAGCUAAAUAUGUAUAAAAAAUUGUUACAAAAAUACUAAGUAAAAUUAAUACACUUAGAAUACACUAAAUAUAUGAAAUAUUGACAUCUCUAUUUAAAUAAUUUCUGAAAUUAGAAACAGAGUGAGCAAUAUCGUUAAAUUUUACAUAGCAAUAUCGUUAAAUUUCGGCUUCUCGGUAUGUAGGUGGUCAGCUUUCUGGCAUGUAAUGUAAUGUCGUGCACGAUGAUUGUGCUGGAAAUGAUGAUAUGAAUUGAUCCACUGAAUAAAAUAAAAGAUGGGACAAAUUAUGUCUCCCUAUCAAUUA